AUGGCAAAGAGUUCAUUCAAGCUAGAGCAUAAUCUUGAGAAGAGGCGCGCCGAGGCUGCUAGGAUUAGGGAGAAAUACCCUGACAGAAUUCCGGUGAUCGUGGAGAAGGCAGAAGGAAGUGAUAUUCCCAAUAUUGACAAGAAAAAGUAUCUCGUCCCAGCUGACUUGACCGUGGGACAAUUCGUCUAUGUAAUCCGCAAAAGGAUCAAACUGAGUGCAGAAAAAGCUAUUUUCAUAUUCGUUGACAAUGUCUUGCCUCCAACAGGUGCUAUUAUGUCUUCAAUAUACGACGAGAAGAAGGAUGAAGAUGGUUUCUUAUACCUUCCUGUGAAUGAUGAGCUUGUUUGGGAUAAUGGGACUGCAUUUCCAGAGCCUUGUAUAGAUCGUAUUGCUGAUACCGUUGGGAAGUAUGAAGCAUUGGCUUGGUUGUGUGGAGGAUUGGGAUUUUUUGCAUCACUUGGGCUCUUAGCUGUGUGGAAUGACAAGGCUUCCAAAAGCCCAUUUACACCCAAGGUCUACCCAUAUGACAACCUAAGAGUAGAGCUUGGUGGAGAACCCUAG